AUGUUGAAUCAACGAAAGCUGCACGCUUACCUGCUAUUGUCCAUAGUUGCCACUAAUUGCCUACUCCUCACUUACGCUUACCCUCAAAAUGAAGUCUACCAGCGUCAGCGUUUGCAGCAAGUACAACAGUCACAGCAGCAGCAAUCGCCCGUUUAUCGACCGGCGGAAGAGUUCUCUGGCCGCAAGUAUGCCGUAAAACCGAACGCUUCGAAGAAAGUGGCGCUGGAUGAUGUGGAGGAUGAAGGCGACGUAGUCAAUCAGAUAACCGAGACGCCCACCGGCUUUUCGUGGUCCAACAUGCUGUCCACUGUUUUGACGAUGUUCUUCAACGGACCAGCAAACGCGCCCACCAAAUCGGACGAUGUGGAUAACUCAGUCGGUUUCGGCGGAUCACCCUGGGCCAAUGUUAUCUCGAUGGGCUUAAAGAUCAUCAACACACUGCUGGGUGGUGGCGCUCCCAGCGACGGUAUCGACAAGGUAGACAAUGGUGGCUCACCAAUGCAGAACAUCUUAGCUGCUGUGCUGUCAUCAGUGCUUGGCACCAGAGAUCCCGAUCAAGUCAAUUCGAUGGCGAAACAAGCUGGAGAG